AUGGCGCUUUCUAAAGGAUCUGAUGCUAAUGAUGAAGGUUCACGACUGCCGUGGUACACGAAGACUUAUUGGAUCUUCAUCAACAUUGCAACCCCUAUUGCUUUCUUUAUAACCAUAUUUUAUUGGAUCUUUCUUGCGGACAUAGGCACUGAUGGCGCAUCCUCUAUAAAUUUAGUACUAGACUUAUUUAUCCAUCUAGUCAACUCGUUACUAAUGUUGGCGCUGGUGUUGGUCUCGCGGCACCCUGUUCGCAUACUACACUUCUACUGGCCAGUCGGAGUAGCUAUCAUCUACAUGAUCUUCACCAUCAUCUUCCACUUCGCAGGAGGAUUGAGUCCUUUUGGCACAUCCUAUAUUUAUCCGAUGCUGAACUGGGAUGAACCGGGAAUCACGGUAGUGGUUGUUCUUGGUUCAGCGUUGGGGCUAAUCAUCAUGCAAAUUCUCGUUGUAAUCAUCACUCUCGCUAGAGACAGGCUUACCCGGAGUUGUAGGGGGGCCAACUCUAUUCCUAUAUCUAAGCAAGGGCCUAUAUCAUACAACCAAAUGUAA